AUGUCUGGAUAUCAGUUCUACAUGACAUUAGAGCGCCGCACAGACAAUACCGGUUUGAACACCCCGAAGGAUCAUUAUCCAAAGCUGAUGUGGUUGAUACAUCAGUGGCGACAUCUCAAAAUGCUCAAGAGAUUCGGUCGAGGCCACGAUCUGGGAGAGAUAGCAACUACACCACCCAGCAGCUGCGCAGUGCAAUGUCCUGCCUGCCCACAUCCAGGCAUGAAUCUUCCAGAGGAUUGGAAGACUGCACCUCCUGAACGAAGCUGGCUUUAUCGUCUGUUCAUCGGCAUCGACGUCAACUUCCACCUGAAAUGA